UGUCACCAAUGGCAGUAAAACUCGUUUUCUGGGGGUCAAGGUUUUAUGGACUAAUUGGCUCUCAUUCAGCAGGAACCUAACAGAUAAGUCAUCCUGCUGUAUGUCAAGACAAUGCUUGGUUUUAAGACUGCUCUGAAAAUGAUUAAAGUAGUAUUGCAGCGUGACAUUGUCAGGGGGCAACAAGCAGCUUGAGAAUUUCCUAUUAAUCAAAUAGCAGCUUGAAGGAAGCUCCUUUCCAUUAAGUAGGACUGCAUGGCCAGCAGCCCCCACUGAAGGGUUGAAAAUGAGUGUCCCAGUGGCUCCAAAGAAAUCAUGUUACGCUCAGUUGCGGGACAACAGAAAUGGAGUGAAAAAUAAUAAUGAGAGUAUCCUAAGUCUGGGAGAUACAAAUGCCAAUCAAAUCAUGUUGGAGGUCAGUUCCUCUCAUGAUGAGUCUGAGACACGUGACCGGACAGAUGAAAUUGGAAAUGCAAAUUCAAGUGAGCCAGAGAAUAGUACCCAUUUCAAUAAGGAAUCUCACCAACUUCAGGGCUUUGGGAAAGGAUCGCAGUCUGGCCCCACCAGCCUGAAAGAUUUUAAAUUUUCUUCGACCGUCCAUGGAGGACUAAAUGAAGAGCACACGGUGGAGAGAGGCACAGAUAUCCUACAGACCCCUCGCAGUGUUCAGGGACCAAGUCUGUCAAGUUGGAGGAACGUUAUGGCGGAGGCCAGUCCAGAGGUUUUGGCUAAAAGGGAUGCUGAACUUCCCCGGCAUGCUCCUAAGGAUAAGUUGGCAAAGACCCUUGACAAUGAGGAAUUGAGAAGGCAUUCUUUGGAAAGAGCAAGUGGCUCUGCUGUUGUCGUGGACAUGCCCACAAGGGAACGUGGCGGGAGCCUGACCUGGCAGCGUCUGCAGCCCACGCCACUCGACUCCUCUGAAGCCCGGCGUCAUGAGCCCAGUGGCGGGGAGGGGCCGCAGAGGCUGUUGACCGCCCCCUCUCCAGGGGCAGCUCUUCCUCCAGCUGACAGUACCUCAGAGGGAAAGAGUGUGAGUCAUCCUAAACCAUCUACCUCAGCAACCAAGGAGACCACCCCCUCAGAGACCCAGAUGGAGGGGGGACAUGGACCGAAAGUCAGCAAUGAGAGCACAUCACAUUCGGCCCUUCCAGAGCCUGGUCUGGAUUCAGCUUCAGCACUGAAGGGAGUCCUGAGUAAGCCAGAAGCACAGUUAGGUCAGGGAAAGGGAGAGCUCAAGCCAGAGCUGAAAUUUGUCCCACCCCAGGCUGGGCAGGAGUUAAAGUCAAUCCAGGCCGAGGGUCUGGGAUGCCCCAAGGAAGGUGGUAGUGUGUUACUCCUCGAGAGAAAGGAGCCAGGUGGGAAAGCACAGCAGGAGGCCGCCACUGGUGCCCUUAGCCUGUCACACAGCAGUGGCCACCACGCUCGUGUGGGAAGAGGCAGGAGUGAGCAGGACAAGAGAGCAGUCCACCUAGGUGAGGAGGGUUCUCUUCAGACCAGCCCCACACAAGGCCCUGCUUCCUUGGAAGCUGCCGAGAAGCAGCCCACUGGCAAAAUUUCAUCAAGUGCAGCUAGGAAGUUGGGCGUUUCAGCGGGUGAUGGGCAUGUACCUUUUAUUCCUUAUGACCCACCGGACAGCAGGCCCUCAGAUGUCAGUGAGGAGAGCGCACUGGACAGUGGGAACAUGGACAGUGUGGCAGUUUGUACUUUAGAUUCUUCUGUUGGAGAGCUCAACACUGGGGUCCCUGAGCCCCUCGGCCCUCAGAGCAGCAACUCAGAAGUAGGGGACAGCAAAGAGAUCACUACAUCUGUUGCAGAAGAUAGGAACCUCCUAGAAAAUACAGCUAAGACUGAAAGCACCCCAGGGGGAGCAGGUGCUCUUCUCAGUGGCCUGGCACCCCUCCAUCCAGAGACAACUGUGAAUGUGACCCACCAGCCUCCACCACCUAGUAGCAGUGUUCAGGACCUUGGCACGUUAGGUGUGGAUGCCAGGUCAGCCUCGGCUGCCGCACCCCCCACUGAUAGUGCAUGGUUGUUGAACACACCCCCGAAAGUGCCUGACAAGAGCACCUGCCCCAGUGGGAUCCCCGAGCCUGUAUUCCCACAUUCUGAGGAUACCCCUUCCUCACAGGAGGGAAUGGAGAGCCACCAGGUUGAAAAAACAGAAGAAAGGACAGAACCCAAGCCCAUCAUUCUGCCCAAGCCCAAGCACGUGAGGCCCAAGAUCAUCACCUACAUCAGGAGGAGUCCUCAGGCCCUCGGCCAGGUGGACACUUCGCUGGUUCCGGUGGGCCUUCCUUAUGUUCCGCCCACAUGUACCAUGUCUCUUCCCAAAGAGGAGAAGGCAGCAGGUGGUGAGCUGAAGCCAUCUGCCAACCUCUAUGAGAAAUACAAGCCAGACUUGCAAAAGCCACGGGUCUUCAGUUCUGGGUUGAUGGUGUCUGGGAUCAAGCCCCCAGGACACCAUUUCAGUCAAAUGAGUGAAAAGUUUUUGCAGGAGGUUACAGAACGCCCGGGAAAAGAAGAAUUUUGUUCUCCUUCCUAUACUCAUUAUGAAGUUCCUCCAACUUUCUAUCGAUCGGCCAUGCUCCUUAAGCCCCAGUUGGGAUUGGGUGCAAUGUCCCGUUUACCAUCUGCAAAGAGCAGGAUCCUGAUUGCGAGUCAGAGGUCCUCGGCGAGUGCCAUCCACCCGCCAGGACCCAUCACGGCAGCUACCAGUCUCUACAGCUCUGAUUCUGCGGCAGAUUUAAAGAAAGCCUCCGGUUCAAAUGCUGCAAAAUCCAGUCUACCCAAAUCUGGACUUCGUCCUCCCGGAUACUCGCGUCUCCCGGCAGCCAAGCUAGCGGCGUUUGGGUUUGUGCGGAGUUCCAGCGUGUCCUCGGUCUCCAGCACCCAGUCCGCGGACAGCGCACAGCCCGAGCAGGGCCGUCUGGCCAACCGGUCAACCUUUGGGAAUGAAGACCAGCCGGCUCUGAAGGCAGCUCUGCCUUCCAAAGACACCCCCAAGGGGGCCAGCCGGGCAGCUCCUCCAGCAUCCUCCAGUGUGACAACACCCCGCAGGAGUUUGCUUCCGGCGCCCAAAUCCACAGCUACACCUGCUGGAUCAAAGAAAGAAGUACAGAAAGAUCAAGAUGCUAAUAAACCUGCUGUUUCAUCUCCUAAGAGAACCGUGGCUUCAGCCACCAAGCUUCAUUCACCAGGAUACCCCAAACAGAGGACUGCAGUGCCCCGAAAUGGGUUUUCCCCCAAGCCGGAGCUGCAGGGCCGCGAGGCCGAGCGGCAGCUGGUACAGCGGCUGAAGGAGAGGUGCCAGCAGCAGGCCAGGCAGCUGGGCCUCGUGCAGGGGGAGCUGCGGAGGGCCAUGUGCGGCUUCCAGGCACUCGCCGUGUCCACUCAGUACUUCUCCAGAAAGAAUGAAAGUGCCCUUGUGAAAGAAAAAGAGCUGUCAAUCGAACUUGCAAACAUCAGGGAUGAAGUUGAGAGCACUUCACCUCCAUCCCGUGUGGCCCUGCAGGCAGCCCGCCAAGUGCAGAUUGCAUUGGCCCCCUAUCAGCACUUGGAAGAAGACAUGAAGAGUCUGAAGCAGGUGUUAGAGAUGAAGAAUCAGCAAAUACACCAGCAGGAAAAGAAGAUUAUUGAGCUGGAAAAACUGGCAGAAAAGAACAUUGUCCUAGAAGAAAAGAUCCAAGUUCUCCAGCAGCAGAAUGAAGACCUCAAAGCAAGGAUUGACCAGAACACCGUUGUCACAAGACAACUGUCGGAGGAAAAUGCUAAUCUGCAGGAAUAUGUCGAGAAAGAAACCCAGGAGAAGAAGAGAUUGAGCCGAACCAACGAAGAGCUGCUUUGGAAGCUCCAAACUGGGGACCCAACCAGCCCGGUUAAACUCUCCCCCACGUCCCCUGUUUACCGCGGCUCCUCCUCGGGGCCCUCCUCUCCCGCCAGAGUCAGCACAACGCCCAGAUGACGCCGCACCACGCAGCCUGCGGGAGCCCUGGCUCCCGUCCACGUCCAGCCGGUGGUUCCACCCGGAGGCAGUCAGGACCAGGGGCCGGCCCGCGGCUGGCCCUGCGCGCAUGCUCAGUAGCUGCCUAGCUGCAUCCUAAGCAAAGUCCUCUUCUGAUCCUCAUAUAAGACUGUCCCGGUGUUGCACUUAGGAAAGUGUAAACGGUAGUGUCUGAUGUGCAAACGUUUGACCGUAGGUAGAGCCAAAAGAAAGAAAGAAACUCCAACUGUUCUUGAGCAAUGAACUUUCACUGCAGAAUUUCAGGUUAGUUACAAGUAGCUCAGUUUUGAAUAUACAUUGAAUAAUCAUUGUGUACUGCACCGAUAUGUGUGUAUAUUUAGAUACACGUAUAUACACAUGCAGUGGUUCUGAAUUGCAUUUUUUAUAACAUGAAGUGCUGACAUAUUUUGGUGAA